AUGGCCAGCCCCGUCUAUCUCGGCGUUGUCGGUGUUGGCGGCGUCGGAAAUGCCUUCCUCGAACAACUCGGACGACUGCCAAAUGCACCACAGAUCGUUCUGCUGGCCCGCUCAUCGCAGUCAUUGCUCGCUCCAACGCCGGCAUACUCGCCUUGCAUUCCCGCCACUAGUUGGUCAAAGGCUGUGGCAACGCCAUCAUUAAUUAAACCAAAUGCUCUUUUACCAGAAGAGAUCGCAACAUAUCUUGGGAGUGUUCCGGGUCGUGCAAUUCUCGUGGAUAAUACGUCCGACCUUGCUCUUGCGCAGGCAUAUCCUAUCUUCCUCAAGCAGGGUGUGUCAGUGGUGACGGCAAAUAAAAAGGGGUUCUCGUCUGAACUCUCACUAUGGAAUGAUAUUUUCGCCUCCGCAACCAAGGGAAAUGCAUAUGUACACCAUCAGUGUACGGUGGGCGGCACCCUUCCAGUGCUAUCAACGUUGAGGGACCUGAUAGCAACGGGGGAUGAGAUCACUCAAAUUGAAGGUGUACUUUCUGGGACACUCUCACUUCUAUUUGACGAGUUCAUGCCUGCAUCUGGCACGUCCAACGUGCCAUGGAGCUCUCUUGUCGCUCACGCCAGAGGCGCGGGUGAAACGGAACCCGACCCACGAGAUGAUCUAAACGGUCUUGAUUUUGCUCGAAAGCUGACAAUUCUCGCCCGGGUUGUCGGUCUUGAGAUUGCUCGUCCGGAUUCAUAUCCGGUCGAGUCACUUAUACCCACCGAACUGGCGUCGUUGCCGUCCUCACCGGAAGGAAUUACCCAGUUCAUGAGCCAAUUGCCCGCUUAUGAUGCUAGAAUGGAUAUGAUUAAAGAUGCUGCUCGCCAAGAGGGUAAAGUUGUGAGAUAUAUUGGCAGUAUUGAUGUACCUACGAAGACCAUCAAGGUUGGCUUACAGCAUGUGGAGAAAAACAGCCCCAUUGCAAAUCUCAAGGGCAGCCAGAUCGUCAGCAUACGCACUAAGCGAUAUAGGGGUGGAGGUGGAGGCGAGAUCACGGCAAUGGGUUUGAUGGCUGAUCUUCUCAAGGUGAUUCAGCGAUUGGGCUAG